ACCUGUUUACCCAGUGCACGCGCACAGCUCUGUUACAAGGGAUUUAAUGUUUGCGCGUGCACUGAGCACUUCACAGCGGAAUGCCAAAGUAGGCAGAAAAAAAAGACAGUGAAAUAUGAAGAGGGCUGAAUAUGGACCUGUAGUGACAGGGCUGUUUAAUCGCGUUUAUGAGAAGUAUAUAAGGAUUGUUGCUGAUGUCUGACUCAUUGGGUUCUUAUGAUGAAACUUGUUCUUCUGGGAGGCGCUUCGAGGAUCUCUCGCUGUAGAAAGGCUUCGAGUCGCGGGACAGAGUCUGUUUCCGGGUGAAAAACAGGUGCUGAGGAACAGGUGAAGAACAGGUGAGUUCAGCUCCAGACACUGACACAGCUGCGACUCUGCUUUAGAUCCGUUUAUCUGAGAACUACCAACAAUAGUGCAAUCUGAACACAUGCAUCUGGUCACCUGUGAUCAGCAGCGAUAUUACUGGAACACAGUCUCUGGUUGAGUUGGGAAAGUCAACAUAAUUACUGAAAAGAAAAAACUUCGCAGAAACUGUUGAAAGUGUCUCGUGGUGCUGAGUUCAUCAAUAUCGUAGAUGAUUAAAACCGCAGCUAAGGACUAAUCAGGUGUGGAGAUGAUUCCUGUGAAUGAGUUCCGGAGCAUCACCUCGGAGCAGAACCCUCAGUUCCGGGUCCUGAAGCCCUGGUGGGACGUCCUGUCGGAGUAUCUGGGCAUCACCAUGCUGAUGAUCGGGGUGUUCGGCUGCACGCUUCAGCUGACUCAAGAUAAGAUAUCUUGUCUGCCGAACCGAUUCCCGGAUCUCUCCGGCGGAGAGCGAGACUGCAGUCACCUGCGGCAGGAGAACCAGAGUCUGUGGGAGUUCUCCAUCACCAAACAUCUCGGUCCGGACGUCGUGGAGGUGUUCGGCCGGAAGAACGGUCUGGAUAUCCACCAGUAUGAGUUCGUCAACCACUUCUGCUACGAACGGGCCGUGCACUGGUACGGAAAGUACUUCCCUUACCUAGUGGUGAUCCACAGCAUGAUCUUCAUGGUGGCCAGCAGCUUCUGGUUCAAGUUCCCAGGAACGUCGUCUAAGAUCGAGCUGUUUGUGACCAUACUGGGGAAGUGCUUCGACUCUCCCUGGACCACGAGAGCCAUCAGCGAAGUCUAUGAAGAACGGCGAGAGGAGAGGAUGGUCGUGUGGAGGAAGAACACAAUGACCAAAUCAGCCGCAGACAACAACGACGACAUGGUGUCUCUGAUCCGAUCUUCCAUAAAGUCCGGCUCGGAGCAGAAAUCAGCAGAACCGCAGCCGACCGCGUCGCUCUUGGAUAAGAAGGAAGGUGAGCAGGCCAAGGCCCUGUUUGAGAAAGUCCGUAAGUUUCGGACACACGUGGAGGCGGCGGAUCUGCUUUACUUCAUGUACGUGCUGCAGACGGCGCUGAAGGUCUUCAAAUUCGCUCUCAUCACUGUUUACAGCGUGGCACUGGUCCCCAACAUCCAGAUCGUGGUGAUGUGCUCAGUGCCUCCAGAUCUGACGGGGUUCAGUGUGUUCUGCUGUAACUACAAUAAAGCACACCUGUUCUCUAAAUUAGCCUACUGCUACAUCUGCUUCGUGGGAGUGUACGGACUGCUGUGUGUUUAUUCACUUUACUGGCUGUUUCACCGACCGCUGAAAGAGUAUUCCUUUGAGGCGGUGCGCUUGGAGACGGGAAUAAACGACAUCCCGGAUGUUAAAAAUGACUUUGCGUUUCUCCUGCACCUCAGUGAUCAGUACGACGCCCUGUACUCCAAACGCUUCGCCGUCUUCCUCUCGGAGGUCAGCGAAUGCCGCUUACGGCAGCUCAACCUCAACCUGGAGUGGACGGCCGAUAAACUCCGCGCUCGUCUGUCACGCAACGCCUCCGAGAGGCUGGAGCUCCCUCUGUUCCUGCUCCCAGGGUUACCAGACACUGUCUUUGAGAUCUCCGAGGUCCAGUCGCUCAAACUGGAGCUGAUCAGUAAUGUGAUGAUCCCAGGAACCGUAUCACAGCUUCCAGCCUUACAGGAGAUGGUGUUGAUCCACAGUCCGGCCAAGCUCCAGCUGGAGGCCCUCAGUCAUCUGCGUGAGAACCUGAAGGUUCUGCGGUUGUGCUUCGAGGGCCCGGAGCAGGUUCCGCUGUGGAUGUACAGCUUACAGAGUCUGGAGGAGCUUCACCUGAGCGGCGCUCUGAGCAGCGAGCUCUCCCGCGGUCCGGCGCUGGACUCUUUACGUGAGCUGAAGAACCUGCGCCUGCUGACCUUACGCUGCAAGCUGACCAAGAUCGCGCCCAGUGUUGUGGAUGUUUCCGGUCAGCUCCUGCGACUGUGCGUUCACAACGAGGGCACCAGACUCCAGGUCUACAACAGUCUGAAGAAGCUGGUGAACCUGAGCGCUCUGGAGCUGACGGGCUGCGGUCUGGAGCGGAUCCCCAGCGCCGUCUUCAGCCUGUCCCUCCUGCAGGAGCUGGACCUUCGAGAGAACCGCCUCACCACCGUGGAAGAGAUCUUGAGUCUGCAGCACUGUCGCCGUCUGACCGUCCUCAAGCUCUGGCACAACCACAUCUCCUACAUCCCCGAGCACAUCUGUAAGCUCCGCGCCCUGGAGACACUGGACCUCAGCUGGAACAAGAUCCGCAGUCUUCCACCGCGCCUCUGUUACUGCACCAAACUCCGACACCUGGACCUUUCCCACAACCAGCUGGCGUCUCUGCCCUCGGAGAUCGGCAUCCUUCAGAGUCUGCAGUUCCUCUCGCUGGCCUUUAACUCUCUGGAGAGUCUCCCCGAGGAGCUGUUCUCCUGUAAGAGGCUGAAGGUGCUGGCGCUGGGGAAUAACAGCAUCUCCUCGCUGUCUCCUCGGGUCGGGAAUCUGGCUCAGCUGCUUCAGCUGGAGCUGAAGGGAAACCGUCUGGAGUCUCUGCCUGUGGAGAUCGCUGACUGUCUCUUACUCAAACUGACCGCUGUGAUCGUGGAGGACAGUCUGAUGGACCUUCUGUCUCCAGAAGUGAAGGACAGGAUGAAGCACAGAUAAUCACAGCCCUGGAGCACUGCUCUUAUGCUUUGAACAAAUAUAGCUGAUUUACUUGAUGACAUUGAUUAUAUGAGCUCAUUAACAUGCACUGAUUACAGCACAAUCCUAUCUCCACACA